UCUCUCUCUCUCUCUAAACCCCCCCCCCCCUUCUUCCAUACGUAAAAUCUUCGACACCUCCUCAAACCCCAUCUUCCCGAAUUCCCUCCUUCCCUCCUUCACGUCUCGUCAGAUCCGCAACCCCACGAGAAAACCACGAGAAAGCUCCGAGCUUUCCCGCAAGAAUCCGUUCCUCUGCCCCCAAUUAAUCGCCGGCUGGCUCCAUCUCGUCCAUUGCUGAUUCAGGCGUUGCCGUUCAUGCAGUGCGGAUAUAGAUAAAUAAAACGAGGAUUCUCGCUGCGGCAUAGAGAGAGAGAGAGAGAGAGAGAGAGACAAAGGGUAUGGGGGGUCAAGCUGUGAAAGUGAAGAGAGAGAAGAUAGAGGCAUGCAUGAAAUGCCCAAUCUGCAAGAAGCUCCUCAAGGAAGCCACCACCAUCUCUCUCUGCCUCCACACAUUUUGUAGGAAAUGCAUAUACGAGAAGCUGUCUGAUGAGGAGGUAGAUUGCUGUCCAGAGUGCAAUAUCGAUCUCGGAUGUCUCCCGGUGGAGAAACUAAGGCCCGACCACAAUUUGCAAGACAUUAGAGCUAAGAUUUUUCCCCUCAAAAGAAGAAAAAUAAAUGCCCCGGAAGUGUUUGCCCCGGCCCCACCACAGCCGAAGAAGAAGGAGAGGUUGCUCUCGUCUUUGGUGGUAAGCGCUCCUAAGGUCUCGAUGCAGACAGGACCAACAGGAAGAAGAACAAAGGCCUUUGGCAGAAGAGCCGCCACCUCACGAAAUUCAACUUUCGUCUUCGAAGAACCGAAUAAUAAAAAGAAGGAAGAUUCUUCUGCAGAAGAUGCAGCAGUAGGAUCGAGCUCGCAGGAUUCACCUAAUAAGCUCAAUAAACGGCAGGAGUCCUCCCCUGAUGAGCCUUCAAAUGAGCGAAAGCUUUCUGUAGACAGGGAAAAUGGCACUGAUUCGAAGGAUGGAAAAUUUGAUCUGUGGACCCCACUUAAUUGCCUGGUUGAAGCCGCUAACAGAACCAAAUCAUCGAAACAAAGCUCAUCGCACCCUCAUCUUGCCGAAUCCGCUAAUGGAACCAAAUCUUCUAAGCUGAACCUGCAAGCCAUUUCUCUCUCCAAGAUGGAACAGGCCAGUGGCCCCACACAUAAUCCUGAAAGUAAAACCAAAUCAGAAGUGCCUAAUACUCCAGAAGGCAGCCUUUCGAUGCCAAAAGCUAAAAUUAAGGACCUUGGACUUAAAAUGAAGCUUCUGGAGGACAAGAAUGGAACUUCUUCAUUGGCAGGUUCCGGGAUAGUAAAACGCAAACGUGCAAGAGGAGUGGGUGUGAAGAAGGCCUCUGCAUCUGAGACGGUGGGCCCCUCAGCUCAGCUUCUUCUCGAUGCUUCAGCGGGCAAACGUAACAGAAGGAAUCAUCCGGUUUGGUUCUCGUUGGUUGCUUCCGAGGACCAGAAAGGAGAGGUCUCAUUGCCGCAGAUAUCUGCACGUUACUUGAUGAUCAAGGAUGGUAACAUUCCUGUCUCGAUCAUCCAGAAGUACAUUGUCAACAAGCUCCAUCUUACCGAUGAAUCCGAGGUGGAGAUUCUAUGCCGGGGUCAACCGAUGGAACCGACUCUGCAGCUGCAUCAUCUCGUAGACCUCUGGUUCCGGACAGCAGCGACCUCGAAAAGAUUGACUGCCUCUGUUGGUACAUCGGCUAAGGAUUUCGUUAUGGUCUUGUCGUACUGCCGCAAAGUCCAACGGCCUUGAGAGACAGAUAUCAUCCUCAAUUUUCCUUUAUUCCCAUAAUGAUAUGUAUACAAAAGAAACAAGAUCUUAUAGAGCUGUAUUGUUUCUUGGUCAUCUCUGCUCUUCUCAUGUAUUCCCAUCCCAUUUAUAAUCAUAAAGGGUGCUGUUCUUUUUAAUC